UUCAAAUGAGGACACAGGACUCUCUUUUUUCCAAAGUAUGCAUAGCUUCAGGGUGGAGAGAAGUACUUAGUAACAGGUCACCAGCGCCUGUUUGUUCCUCACUUCCCCGGCUCUACUCCACCUGCAGUGCCAUUAUCAUCGGUAAUCAAACGCCAUUCAUUCAGGUCCUCUGAGUUUUGGUCUAACCAGUUUGACGUGGUCUCUCCGUGAUGAUGAAGGGGAAGUGAGAGACUGUGUCGCACAACUUCAUAAACUCGGCUUCUCUGCUGCUGCUGUAACUUUCACACCCAGCUGGUUCUCUCUCUUAUAGCGCGUGUGUGUUUUCCCAGCACUGAGCAUGAAUAUGUUCAGGAGAGACAAAAGCUCGGCCGCCACGACUCCUGCUGUCCCACCAAGGCCCAGCAAGGAGGAGCUAGACAACCUCGUCACCUGCAGCCGGAACAGGCAGGAUGCAGAAGUGACAGAGGCCUUGCAGGAAAUCGACAGCGGGGUCUCAAGUGAGCUGAACCCAAAGACGAAGAGGACAGGUGUGAUGGGAGUUAUGAACAAGGUCAACCCGUUCAAGUAUACGUCACAGGUCCCUAAAGCUCCGUCUACAGAGUCUCUGGAGCAGUCACAGGUCUCAGACUCUAAACAGAACCCAGGGACGUUUAAAGACAUGAUGCAUAAAGUCAACCCAUUCAAGCCCUUUACACAGCAGCAGGCCCCAAAGAGUGAUCCUCAAACCGAACCUGCAGAACCACCUGAGCCUGAGAAAGAACCUCAAGGCAAAGAGAAUCCAGGGACGUUUUCAGGAAUGAUGCAGAAGGUCAACCCUUUCAAAUCGUCACAGCCAAAGGAUACUCAGCCUCUCAACAAUGAACUGUCCUCAAGCAACGGGAGCUUAGCGGACAAUAACAACAUGCCAGAGAAGCAGAACCAUGGGGCGUUUAAAGAAAUGAUGCAUAAAGUCAACCCCUUCAAGCCCUGGGCACAGCAGCAGACGCCAAAGAGCGAUCCUCAAAAUGAAUCUGCAGAACCACCGGAGACUACGAAAGAAAGUGAAGCCAAGGAGAAUCCAGGGACGUUUGCAGGAAUGAAGCAGAAAGCCAACCCAUUCAAAUCCUCACAGCCAAAGGACGCCAAGCCUCUCAACAAUGAGCUCUCCUCAAGCAACAGAAGCUUAACAGACAGUAACAACUUGCCGGAGAAGCAGAACCCCGGUGGGUUCAAAGGGAUGAUGCAGAAAGUAAACCCCUUUAAGUCUUACACUCAGAUGCCAGAGGAGGAAUGCAAGACAGACUCUGAGGUUCCAAAAACAGAUUCCUCCCUGAAGACGCAGGAACACAGAACUAUUAAGAAGGAGCUCUCCACCAGCACCGAAAGCUUGGAUGACAGCACCAUAGAGAGACACACUAUCUGGUACACUGAUGGCGACGCUAGCUGUGAGGUGAAAAACCAGCCAACUGAGGCGCCAAACCAGCCACCUGUGGCGCCAAAGAAGAGAACUAUGACUUUUAGGUUAAAGAGAAUUCUGCCUGGUGCGUUUUUUGGGUCAGGAACAAAGGACUCAUCAUCUGACGCUCAGGCCCCGACCCAGGAGGCAGUGGAAGUUCAGACGCUAGAGUUAGCCGAGAUACCAGUACCCAGUGAGGGGACAGCCCUGGACCCUCUUGACGAUGAAGACGGCCUUGUAGAGUGGUGGAGGACUGUAGAGGGAUGGGACGAGUGGAAUGAAGCAAGCCAGGAUGAUGAUGCUGAAGAAGUCGUAGAACAAGCCGCCGAUCGUGUCUUCAUGGCGGCUCGUCUUUUCGUCCGAUUCUUCAACCAGCGCGGCGGCUCUCUCCAGCAGCGCAUUCUCGAACUUCUGUCUUUGGCCGACGACGCAGACCUUUUCCACAAGAAAACCGUCUCGGCCAGUAUCGGCGGCGGGGUGGCCAGUGUGGCGGGGUCCAUCACCACCAUCACCGGCCUCAUUCUGGCACCCUUCACAAUGGGAACGUCGCUCAUCGUCACGGCCGUCGGCAUCGGUGUGGCUACAGCGGGUGGGUUGACUUCUGCUUCAGCCAACAUCACAGACACGGUGCAUUCGAAGACGGACCGCAAGAAGGUGGAGAAGAUGAUCCAGGACUACGAGGCGGAGAUGAAGGACAUUAAGGACUGCCUUGAGUUUGUGCAGGAAGGAAUGGAGAAGCUUGAGGAGUGGAACUUUGAAGAAUACGCCGAGAGCAUCUCAAAGAAGCACCUCAACCAGAACGUCAAACAUGUGAUGAAGGAAGGUGGCCGGGCCGGCAAGGCUUUAGUCAUCAACACCGAGAGCCUGAUCAGCACUGUUCAGGUCCUCGGUACAGCUGGGACCGCCGCCAAAGCUGCUCAGGUGAUGAGUGUCACAACAGGAGUUAUGUCAGGUCUCUUCCUCGCUCUGGAUGUCUUCUUCCUGGCCAAAGAUUCGGUGGAGCUCAAUAAGGGGGCAAAGACAGAGUUUGCGGCAAAGAUCCGGGAAGUUUGCAAAGACCUGCAAGACGGGCUGCUGGAGCUGAACCGCAUCAAGGAAGAGCUGCAGAAAACCAUGGAUGGGGUGGAGGUGGAGGUGGAGGAGGAGGAAGUGGAUGAAGAACAGUUGAAGUCUGAUUUGAAGAAACUUUAUGAGCUUGAAGAAUGAAGGAAAUUGGUUUUAAUGCCUCACUGUCUCAAUCCUAACAUCUCAUAAACUGUUUUGAAGUUUUAAUAGAAAUGGAAGAAGUCCUUAAUUUAAUUCUCCAAGAGAUAUUUUGUAAAUCCAAAUAUUUAUAUUGUUUAAAGUAGUAUUAUUAACUAUGUAAACCAAAAGUUGCCUUAUUGAGAUUGUACUGUUUCUUGACAAUAAAAGUGGCUUUUAUGCUUGUUUUUA